AUGUAUGUAUCAACCAUAGCCACAGUCAUAACCAAAGCCCAGGCCUCCAGAGUCAUGGUCCUGCCCACCAUGGUUGUAGAUAAAGAAUCUCAUGGAAUGCGAGUUAGAGGGGAUCAUUUCUAUAGUUCGUCACACAUUUCUUCUAUCAAACUUCAGUAUAACUGGAUUUAUGUUGAAGUCUUUGCUCAACUUGGAUUUGAGCUUUGUGCAGGAACAACCUCAACAACCAGCACCAUGUGUGGCUACUACGGAAACUACUAUGGCGGCAGAGGCUAUGGCUGCUGUGGCUAUGGAGGCCUGGGUUACGGCUAUGGAGGCCUGGGCUAUGGCUGUUCUGGCUAUGGAGGCCUGGGUUAUGGUUAUGGAGGCCUGGGCUAUGGUUAUGGAGGUCUGGGCUGUGGCUAUGGCUCCUACAGCGGCUGUGGCUACCGUGGGCUGGGCUGUGGCUAUGGCUGUGGCUAUGGUUAUGGCUCACGCUCUCUCUGUGGCUGUGGCUAUGGAUGUGGCUCUGGCUAUGGAUCUGGAUUUGGCUAUUACUACUGA